AUGUCUGGCACAGGCAACGAAUUCCAGAAUGCUACGCCGUUCUACCUCGACGCGACACAACAGGACCUGCUCCUAGCAGCGCUUGCUUCGAACAACCAGAAUCCAAAUGAUCUCUUUUCCAACGUCAAUGUCAUGGACGAAAAGCAGACGCUGGCCAACAGUCACUUUCAGUACCCCACCAACAACACCAAUGCCCUCGACUCCGCUGCUUUCUUCUCGCCGCAACAGCGCACGCCCGCUAAUGCGUUCAGCAACAUGGGUGUAGAGGAGAGUCCGUUCGUCGAUUACCUUGACGGCGAUAACAGCUUCGACUUCGACGGCGCUGACAGUGGUGCUGCUAUGAUUGGGUCUCUGCCCGGCGACACGCCUGACGCGGAAGCAAAUGAAAAGCGCAAGAGCCCGGAUGAAGAGGGCGAUGACGACGACGAAGAAGGCGGUGGUAAGCGACGGGAAGGUGAAGACAAGCAGGCCAAGAAGCCCGGACGCAAACCACUAACAUCAGAGCCUACAACUAAGCGCAAAGCUCAAAACAGGGCCGCCCAGCGAGCGUUUCGAGAGAGAAAAGAGAAGCAUCUGAAAGAUUUGGAAACAAAGGUCGACGAGCUCGAAAAGGCCUCCGACGCCGCCAACCACGAGAAUGGCUUGCUCCGUGGCCAAGUCCAGCGGCUGCAGAUGGAACUGCGUGAAUACCGCAAGCGCCUUUCUCUCAACAGCACCGGACUCAACCGUACCCCACCUGUUACCGCCGGCUUCAGCUCCAUGCUCAACAACACGAACAGCAACUUUCAGUUUGAGUUUCCACGAUUUGGUGGACUUCCUGGCAGCCAGCUUCUCGAGAACGGGCCACUGUCGAAGCCGAAGUCGGCCUCGAUGUCUACGACACGACCAUCUGUGCAGACCUUCAGCCCCUCCCACACAGCCAAUGGAUCCCUGGUCCACUCACCAGUCAACGGCGCCAGUCCUGCGGUCAAUAGCUCUCACUCGGGCAGCACCGAUAGCGUACGCGGUACCAACGCAACUCAGAAGUCUCACCGCAGCAGCACAGACAGCUCGGUUGUGUCCCAGUCACGCGUCUUCCAAUUCAACAGUGGUUCGUCGACACACUCAGAAUCUCCUUCGACUUCCUCGACCUCGCCAACAAACCAGGACUCAUCCUGUGGCACAUCGCCGGAGCCAGGUCAUACCUCGCCGGAUCAGAAGGAUACGAUUACAGACGGAUAUGUGUGUCAUGGCAACUCGGAAGUCACACCAGCCAAAUCACCUGGCCCCGAUCUCAGUGGUUUCGACUUCUUUGCCAACCAAAACGGCGGCGCGUUCGAGCCCAGCCUCUUCGGCGAGUACCGCGACACAAACACGGCCAUUAUGGGCACCGACGGCGAUUUCAACAGUGGUUUCUUCAACGAUGCUUUCAUCAACACAAGCUACGGCAGCAGCCCCUUCCACUUCGGCGACACACCCGCCGUGCAGAAGCCGAACCCUCUCGAGCAGAUUGAGCGCAUUCAAGACGGCGAAGAGGAGGUCGUGCCGGGUGAGGACAUCGACCAGAUGCUCAAUUGCCACAAGAUCUGGGACAAGCUGUCGACUCGCAACGACUUCAAGGAUGGCUCCAUCGACAUUGACAAUCUCUGCUCGGAGCUUCGCGCCAAGGCCCGCUGUUCUGAGAGCGGUGUUGUUGUCGACCACAAAGAUGUUGAAGAAGCGCUGAAGCGCCUGCCCAAGGACCAACAAGCGGCUUGGAGGCAACAUGCGGCAUGA